UUUCACCAGUCAACCCCCCAGCUCUUUACUUCACCCCUCUCCCAGUUACACCUAUCACCUUGUAUAUUUCUUCCCCCCUCCUUCAUUACUCUGACUUCUCGUCUUCCUUUCCAGUCCUGAAGAAGGGUCAAGGCCCGAAACGUCGACUGUUUACUCUUUUCCAUAGAUGCUGCCUGGCCUGCUAAGUUCCCCCCAGCAUUUUGGUGUGUUGCUUAAUAUCGCUGGCACACACAUCAUGAAAUUUGUUGGUUUGCGGCAGCGGAACAUUGCAAUGCACAGCAGUAACAAGAAUCAGAAUGAGAAUCAUGUUUGUAUCAAUGGUAUAUGUCAUGCAAUUUGUUAACUUCACGAUUAUGUAUGUUACUGUAAGAAGUUUACAUGAAAAAGAAAAUUAAGUUUAAAUAACUAAUGCAAAAAAAGAGAGAAAAGUACAGAAGUAGUGUCCAUGGAUUCAUUAGCCAUUCAGAAAUCUGAUUGUACUGGGGGGAAAAGCUGUUCCUGAAACGUCGAGAGUGCUCAUCGAGUGGCCCCAGACGUUAUACUUGUGUAAAACGGCAUGAAUAGGGGUAGCCAUAAAAUCCGCCAGGCUGGCACUACCGUAGAGUUGGGUGGCAGCUGGAUUGUACGAAGGUUACUGCAGUUGAGUGCGUGUUGCGGUUUCUAAUCCGUGACCCUGCGAAUGAAUUGUAGUUUAUUACAGCGGGCCUGGCGGCGGCUCCUCACCCACAACGAGCUGUCCAGUAACGGUUUGAAACAGUUGUUCGGGCUGAGGCCAAGUUGAGGGGCAUCUACCCAUCGCAGGUGACGUGGUGGUUCUUCACAUUGUACCGGGUCUUGCAAAAUGAAAUCGAAACUCUCUUUAAAAGAAGUCGCCCUACUCUUUUCUGUGGAUGUUUCCUGCCCUGUCGCGUCCCUCCAGCAUUCUCUCUCUCUCUCUCGCUCUGUGUGUUGCUCGGAUUGCCAGCGUCUCCGGAUUCCCCCCGCCGGGGUGACUGAACCCUCACAAAGGCGGAUCACUUUCCGGUCUGAUCCCGUGAUAAGCUUCCGGCAGCCUUACCCAUCGUUUCGCUGCGGCUCCGCUCUGCCCGGGGUUGUGCAGGCAGCCACAAAACAAAGAAACCCUGUGGAGCCCAUUAAAACAGAAGAGGACUGUCAAACACCCAACGUGCAGAGAAAAAAAAAAGUUUAAACUAUAAAGAUUCUUAAAUGGCCAACAAGAAGCUGUUGCUGGUGGAUACUGACUGUGGUUUGGAUGAUGCCAAGGCCAUGAUGAUGGCCUUUGCAGCUCCUAAUGUGCAGGUCCUGGGCAUUACAUGUUGCCAUGGAAACACAUCCAUCGAUAAUGUGUGCAGAAAUGUGCUCCGAGUUCUGAAGGCUUGCAAGAAGACUGACAUCCCUGUGUUCCGGGGUGCCAGUAGCUCUUUCCUUGGACAAAGUUUGGAUUCUACAGAUUUUCACGGGAAGGAUGGUCUGGGUGAUGUUCCAGACCCCAACGCGCCAGGACUGGAGCAUCUGCAGAGCGAGCAUGCAGUAAAUGCCAUGGUGCGGAUCGUUACUGAACAUACUGGGCAGAUUUCUCUCGUGGCGCUUGCUCCCUUGACUAAUGUAGCUCUGGCAAGUAAAAUGGACCCAACUUUCUCGACAAAGCUAAAAGAUCUGUACAUCAUGGGCGGAAACAUGAAAGCCACGGGGAAUGCAACUGUGUGUGGAGAGUUUAACUUUGCCACUGACCCAGAGGCUGCGUUCAUUGUCUUGAAUCAGUUUGUGUGUCCAACCUACAUCGCAACAUGGGAGUAUACGCUUUCUCACGUGCUGUCUUGGGAGUUCUUUGAUGAAUGGGUAAGUCGAGACACUGCGAAGGCUUGCUUCAUGAGGACGAUAACAAAAUACAGUGGGAACGACAAGACAGUCGAGCAAAAGGAUGCAAAAUCUCGCGUUGAACCAGAUUUUAAUCCUUGUGAUUCUUAUGCAAUGGCAGCUGCCAUCGAUGAGGGUGUUGUUACUGAAUAUAUCCGGUGUGGUGUAACUGUGGAGUUACAGGGGUCGCUGACCAGAGGGAUGAUGGUCCUGGAUACACAAAAUCUCCUGCAAAAGAAAAACCAGGCCUUUGUCAUGAAAAAAUGUGACAUGGAGAAAUUUAAGGAGCUGCUGAUGCCUGCUCUGGCAUAGAUGGUUUAAUAGGCCAUCUCGGCCCUUCUAGUCCAUGCUGAAUGCUUACUCUCACCUAGUCCCACCAACCUACACUCAGCCCAUAACGCUCCAUUCUUUUCCUGUCCAUAUACCUAUCCAAUUUUACUUUAAAUGACAGUAUCGAACCUGCCUCUACUACUUCUACUGGAAGCUCAUUCCACACAGCUACCACCUUCUGAGUAAAGAAGUUUCCCCUCGUGUUACCCCUAAACUUUUGCCCUCUAACUCUCAACUCAUGUCCUCUUGUUUGAAUCUGCCCUACUCUCAAUAGAAAAAACCUAUCCACAUCAACUCUGUCUCCCUCAUAAUUUUAAAUACCUCUAUCGUCCCCCCUCAACCUUCUAUGCUCCAAAGAAUAAAGACCUAACUUGUUCAACCUUUCUCUGUAACUUAGGUGCUGAAACCCAGGUAACAUUCUAGUAAAUCUCCUCUGUACUCUCUCUAGUUUGUUGACAACUUUUCUAUAAUACGGUGACCAGAACUGUACACGAUACUCCAAAUUUGACCCCACCAAUGCCUUGUACAAUUUUAACAUUACAUCCCAACUCCUAUACUCAAUGCUCUGAUUUAUAAAGGCCAGCAUACCAAAAGCUUUCUUCACCACCCCAUCCACAUGAGAUUCCACCUUCAGGGAACUAUGCACCAUUAUUCCUAGAUCUCUCUGUUCUACUGCAUUCCUCAAUGCCCUACCAUUUACCAUGUAUGCCCUAUUUUGAUUAGUCCUACCAAAAUGUAGCACCUCACACUUAUCAGCAUUAAACUCCAUCUGCCAUCUUUCAGCCCACUCUUCUAACUGGUCUAAAUCUCUCUGCAAGCUUUGAAAACCUACUUCAUUAUCUGCAACGCCACCUAUCUUAGUAUCAUCUGCAUAGUUACUAAUCCAAUUUCCCAUCCCAUCAUCCAGAUCAUUAAUGUAUAUGACAAACAACAUUGGACCCAGUACAGAUCCCUGAGGCACACCACUAGUCACUGGCCUCCAACCUGACAAACAGUUAUCCACCACAACUCUCUGGCAUCUCCCAUCUAGCCACUGUUGAAUCCAUUUUACUACUUCAAUAUUAAUACCUAACAAUUGAACCUUCCUAACUAACCUUCCAUGCGGAACCUUGUCAAAGGCCUUACUGAAGUUAUAGAGACAUAGAAAAUAGGUGCAGGAGAAGGCCAUUUGGUCCUUCGAGCCUGCACCACCAUUCAGUAUGAUCAUGGCUGAUCAUCCAACUCAGAACCCUGUACCUGCUUUCUUUCCAUACCCCCUGAUCCCUUUAGCCACAAGGGCCAUAAUCUAACUUCCUCUUAAAUAUAGCCAAUGAACCGGCCUCAACUGUUUCCUGUGGCAGAGAAUUCCACAGAUUCACCACUCUCUGUGUGAAGAGGUUUUUCCUCAUCUCGGUCCUAAAAGGCUUCCCCUUUAUCCUUAAACUGUGACCCCUCGUUCUGGACUUUCCCAACAUCGGGAACAAUCUUCCUGCAUCUAGCCUGUCCAAUCCCUUUAGAAUUUUAUACAUUUCAAUAAGAUCCCCCCCUCAAUCUUCUAAAUUCCAGUGAGUAUAAGCCUAGUCGAUUCAUAUGAGGAAAGACUGGAAGUCCUGCCAUCCCAGGAAUCAAUCUGGUUAACCACUUUUGUACUCCCUCUAUGGCCAGAAUGUCUUUCCUCAGAUUAGGGGACCAAAACUGCACACAAUAUUCUAGGUGCGGUCUCACCAAGGCCUUGUACAACUGCAGUAGAACCUCCUUGCUCCUGUACUCAAAUCCUUUUGCUAUGAAUGCCAACAUACCAUUUGCCUUUUUCACCGCCUGCUGUACCUGCAUGCCCACCUUCAAUGAUUGGUGUACAAUGACACCCAGGUCUCGUUGCAUCUCCCCUUUUCCUAAUCGGCCACCAUUCAGAUAAUAAUCUGUUUUCCUGUUCUUGCAACCAAAGUGGAUAACCUCACAUUUAUCCACAUUAAAUUGCAUCUGCCAUGAAUUUGCCCACUCACCUAAGCUAUCCAAGUCACCCUGCAUCCUCUUAGCAUCCCCCUCACAGCUAACACCGCCGCCCAGCUUUGUGUCAUCUGCAAACUUGGAGAUGCUGCAUUUAAUUCCCUCGUCUAAAUCAUUAACAUAUAAUGUAAACAACUGGGGUCCCAGCACUGAGCCUUGCGGUACCCCACUAGUCGCUGCCUGCCAUUCUGAAAAGGUCCUGUUUACUCCCACUCUUUGCUUCCUGUCUGCCAACCAGUUCUCUAUUCACAUCAAUACCAUACCCCACCCCCAAUACCGUGUAUUUUAAGUUUGCACACUAAUCUCCUGUGUGGGACCUUGUCAAAAGCCUUUUGAAAAUCCAAAUAUACCACAUCCAUUGGUUCUCCCCUAUUCACUCUACUAGUUACAUCUUCAAAAAAUUCUAUAGGAUUCGUCAGACGUGAUUUUCCUUUCACAAAUCCAUGCUGACUUUGUCCAAUGAUUUCACCACUUUCCAAAUGUGCUGUUAUCACAUCUUUGAUAACCGAUUCUAGCAUUUUCUCCACCACCGAUGUCAGGCUGACCGGUCUAUAAUUCCCCAUUUUCUCCCCCUCCUUUUUUUAAAAGGUGGGGUUACAUUAGCCACCCUCCAAACCUCAGGAACUAAUCCAGAAUCUAAGGAGUUUUGAAAAAUUAUCACUAAUGCAUCCACUAUUUCUUGGGCUACUUCCUUAAGCGCUCUGGGGAUUUAUCUGCCUUUACUCCCUUCCAUUUACCUAACACCACUUCCCUACUAACAUGUAUUUCCCUCAGUUCCUCCAUCUCACUAGACCCUCGGUCCCCUACUAUUUCCGUAAGUCCAUAUAGACAACAUCCACUGCUUUACCCUUGUCAACUUUCCUAGUAACCUCUUCAAAAAAAUUCAAUAAGAUUUGUCAAACAUGGCCUUCCACACACAAAUCCAUGUUGACUGUUCCUAAUCAGACCCUGUCUAUCCAGAUAAUUAUUUAUACCAUCUCUAAGAAUACUUUCCAUUAAUUUACCCACCACUGAUGUCAAACUUACAGGCCUAUAAUUGCUAGGUUUACUCUUAGAACCCUUUGUAAACAAUGGAGCAACAUGAACAGUACGCUAAUCCUCCGGCAACAUCCCUGUUUCUAAUGACAUUUGAAAUAUUUCUGUCAGAGUCCCCAACAGAGUUCAGAGUUGAUUAUUCCCAAACACAUCUAAUAACUGUUAUCCCCAUAUUAUGAACAAUGCUAAUUAGGCUAUCUUUUUCUGCCAAUUAUUUUAUUAAAGGAUAUCUUUAAAUUGAGAUGAAUGCUCAAGGGAUAGGACUUAGCAAAAACAUCUAUAUCCAACAUUUAAAAUUUUUUUAUUGAGAUACAGCAUGCAAUUGGCCCUUCAGGCUGUGCUGGCCAGCAAUCUCCUAGUGAUAGAGUUGACGUGGAUAGGCUUUUUCCACUGAGAGUAGGGGAGAUUCAAACAAGAGGACAUGAGUUGAGAGUUAGGGGGCAAAAGUUUAGGGGUAACACAAGAGGGAACUUCUUUACUCAGAGUGGUAGCUGUGUGGAACAAGCUUCCAGUAGAAGUGGUAGAGGCAAGUUCGAUUUUGUCAUUUAAAAAAAAAUUUGGAUAGGUAUAUGGACAGGAAUGGAAUGGAGGGUUAUGGGCUGAGUGCAGGUAGGUGGGACUAGGUGAGAGUAAGCAUUCGGCACGGACUAGAAGGGCUGAGAUGGCCUGCUUCCGUGCUGUAAUUGUUAUAUGGUUAUUAUAUGGAUAACCCUCGCCUAACCACAGGACAAUUUACAAUAGUCAACUAACCUACUGAAAGAUUUAUUUUUGGACUGUGAGAGGAAACCGGAGCACCCAGAAGAAAUCCGCAAGGUCACGAGGAGAAUAUACAAGCUCCUUACAGGCAGUGUUGGGAAUUGAACCCAGGUUGCCUGUAUUUUAAAGCGUUGUGCUAACCACUACACUACGUGCCACCCUGAACUGUAGUGGCAAUAGUAUUAACUGUCUAGUGUAAUGUUGGUAAUAGUAUUAAUUUGAAUUAAAAUAAAUAAUUUGACUAAUUGGC